AGGGGGGAAAAAUCAAGAGCUGCUCUUAAAAGAAGUUGCCCUUGCUGGUGCUCAGGGUAAAAAUAGAGGCGGCCGCUUGGAACGGCUUGGCCCUGACUCCAGGCAUCCCGCGCGCUGGGCUUGAGCCGCGGCCGCGUUCCGGCGUGAUCUCUGGGAGCUGCCAGCAGGUGUUGCUCAAGAGAAUUUGCUGAAGAGGAGAAAGGAGGGAAAAAAAGGAAAAAAAAGUACACCACCACCACUACCAAAAAAAAAAAAAAGGAAAAAAAAAACCUGUGCGUGAGGGGGGUGGAGGAAAAGCAGGGCCUUUAAAAGGGCAAUCACAACAGCGUUGGCUGCCAGGAUGCCCUUGCUGUGGCUCCAAGGAGUUCUCCUGGCGAGUUGCUGGAUUAUAGGGAGGAGUUCCCCCACGCCGGGCUCCGAGGGGCACAGCGCGGCCCCCGACUGCCCGUCCUGUGCGCUGGCCACCCUCCCCAAGGAUGGACCCAACUCGCAGCCCGAGAUGGUGGAGGCCGUCAAGAAGCACAUCCUAAACAUGCUGCAUUUGAAGAAGAGACCCGAGGUCACCCAGCCGGUGCCCAAGGCGGCGCUUCUCAACGCCAUCCGCAAGCUGCACGUAGGCAAAGUAGGGGAGAACGGGUUCGUGGAGAUUGAAGACGAUAUUGGAAGGAGGGCGGAAAUGAAUGAGCUGAUGGAGCAGACCUCGGAGAUCAUCACGUUCGCCGAGUCAGGCACAGCCAGGAAGACGCUGCACUUCGAGAUUUCCAAAGAAGGCAGUGACCUGUCUGUGGUGGAGCGGGCUGAGGUCUGGCUGUUCCUGAAGGUCCCCAAGGCCAACAGGACCAGGUCCAAAGUUACCAUCCGCCUCUUCCAGCAGCAGAAGCACCCGCAGGGCAUCCUGGACGCCGGGGAUGAGGCCGAGGAAGUGGGCUUGAAGGGGGAGAGAAGUGAACUCCUGCUCUCGGAGAAGGUGGUGGAUGCUCGAAAGAGCACCUGGCACAUCUUUCCUGUGUCCAGCAGCAUCCAGCGGUUGCUGGACCAAGGCAAGAGCUCCCUGGACGUUCGGAUUGCCUGUGAGCAGUGCCCGGAAAGCGGUGCCAGCCUGGUGCUCCUGGGCAAGAGGAAGAAGAAAGACGAGGAAGGGGAAGGGAAGAAGAAGGACGGAGGUGAAGGAGGGGCCGACGAGGAGAAGGAGCAGUCGCACAGACCUUUCCUCAUGCUGCAAGCCCGGCAGUCCGAAGACCAUCCUCACCGCCGCCGCAGGCGGGGCUUGGAGUGUGACGGCAAGGUCAACAUUUGCUGUAAGAAACAGUUCUUUGUCAGUUUCAAGGACAUUGGCUGGAAUGACUGGAUCAUCGCUCCCUCCGGCUAUCAUGCCAACUACUGUGAGGGCGAGUGCCCGAGCCACAUAGCAGGCACCUCGGGCUCCUCGCUGUCUUUCCACUCAACAGUCAUCAACCACUACCGCAUGCGGGGUCACAGCCCCUUCGCCAACCUCAAAUCGUGCUGUGUGCCCACCAAGCUGAGACCCAUGUCCAUGCUCUACUACGACGACGGCCAGAACAUCAUCAAGAAAGACAUUCAGAACAUGAUCGUGGAGGAGUGCGGCUGCUCAUAGAGCUGCCCAUCCGGGGGGAGGGGUUGGGGGGAGGGAGAGAGGUGGCCAGAAAAGACAGUGGCAACGUGAAGACAGUUCUUAAGGUUUCUGAGUUAAAAACCAGAAAAAAAAAAAAACACCUAAAAACAAAACCUGAUGAAACAGAUGAAGGAAGAUGCGGAAAAAAGCAGAAAUCCGUAGCCAGGGCUCAGAGAUGAAGCGGUGAAGGAGACAGGCAUUGAGGAGGAAAGGGAGAAUGGUGUACCCUUCAUUUCUUCGGAAAUCAAACUGUUGGUGCCAGUGGUUUAAAUGGGGUAUUGUCCUCUCCCUGCUUGCAGUUCUCUUGUGAGCCUCAAAGUCGAUUUGUCUAGUCUGCAGAAACGGGGACUAGCAUGACCCAAAUAUCAUCCAGAAAGCCAUGAGUUUGAAAGGGCCGGUCAUAGGCACUUUCCCACCAAUUACCCAGGUCAUAAGGCAUGUCUGUGUGAGCCGAGCUCUAUUUAUCAGUGUGCGCGUGUGUGUACACGCA